AUGACGGAAAUGCGUCUCUUGCGGCAGCAGCUGCAGCAGCAGCAGGAACUCCUGCAGCAGCAACAGCAGCGGGAGAUGCUCGCCCGAGCCUACAGCUGGCCAAACAGAAGUAACAGCAACAGCAGCAGCAGCAGCAGUACCAGCACUCGGGGAAAGACACCGGGUCGCCCAUGGAAGCAGCAGCUGCAGCUUCAGCACGAACGGGAGGUGCUGCAGAGGCUGCAGCAGCAGCAGCUCCAGAAACAGCAGCAAAGACAGGAGGAGCAGCAGCAGCAACUCCAGCAGCAGCAGCAAGCGGCUCCCCAGCUUUCCCAUACGACAAUAGGACCCGAGGCAAAUGCGGAAACUCUCUCAGCCAACAGCAUUAGUCGGAAACAUGAGCAGAAGCAGCAGCAACAGCAGGAAAGGCAGCAGCAGCAGGAAAGGCUGCAGCAGCAGCAAGAAGAGCAACUGCCACAAAAACAGGACAGUGCAACUAAUCAGCGAUCUUCAGCUGCUGCGGGGGCCAAGGCGAGCCCAGAAACUGCGGAACUUCCGCUGCAGCAGCAGCAACAGCAACAACCGCAGCAGCAACAGCAGCAACAGCAACAACAGCAGGAACAGCAACAGCAGCGAGGAACAAGUACGCACGAGCAGCUCCUGCAGAUGCACCAGCAGGAGCUGUUUGAGUUGCGCCAGCAGGAACAAAAGCACCAACAAAUGCUUCUGGCGUUGCAGCAGCAGUUGCAGCAGCAGCAACAACAACAACAACAACAGCAGCAGCAGCAGAAUCUGCAACUGCAGCAGCUGCUCGAGCGCACUCAACAGCUGCAGCCAGGAAGAAAAAGCAGAACCCCGUCAACUCCAGCUAAACGGCAGCCGCUGCGCAGAUCGCUGCAGCAGCAGCAACAGCAGCACCAGCAGCAACAGCAGCAACAGCAGCAACAGCAGCAACAGCAGCAGGGGCAAGAAGGGUCUCCGCAGGCGCCUCAGCGUCAGCAGAGCCAAACCGUGCAGCAGCAGACUCAGACAGAAAUGACAUUGUCAGCUGCUGCUGCUGGCGACGCUGCUGCUGUUCUGUACACCUCGAGGUCUCUCGAGUACCCCUAUGCCGCUGCUGCUGCUGCUGCUGAUGGAGUGCAGAGACGCAGCAGCCUGACCCGCUCCCAGCAGAUCCUUUUCCGAGGGAGAGUGGCGCUGCCGCUCUCGCGGGGGCUCCUCUGCUGCAGCAGCAGCAGCAAGUGCGCGUUUGCUACCGCAGCAGCAGCAGCAGACGAUGCUGUCACUGCAGUCCAGUGCAAGACUCGGGGAGGUAGAGGGAGCCCAAACGCUAGCAAUCCAAACCCAAGACUCUGCAGCAGCAGCAGCAGCAGCAGCAGCGGCCCCGCUAAGAAGCUUUUCUUCAGGGCAGGUUGGAAGCAUUGCGUGGUCAGAAGGAGAGUGGAGGGAAACGGCUACAGUUGGGCACCCCAUGCAGCAGUUCUUCACGCUGUCACAGCUGCAGCAGCAGCAGCAGCAGCAGCAGCACGAGCAGCAGCAGCUGUACGCACAGCUCAGCACCGUCGCACAGAGCUUUGCGGGUGUCAACAACAGCAGCAGCAGCUGCACCAGUGGUCAUCAACGGCUGCCUCUGGCACAUUCGGGCAGCGGCAGCGCUGUCCAGUACUCUUUGUACCAGCAGCAGCGGCAACAGCAGCAGCCGCAGCAGCAGCAGCAGCAGACGCAGCGCCAGCAGACGAUGCAACAAACGAUGUCUGGUGCUUCACCCGAUGCAGGCGCACUCCCCUGUUGCUGCAGCUCCGGAAGCUACACGGAGGCUCCAGAAUACAUUUGGACUCGCAGCAGCAGCAGCAGCAACAGCAACCGCAGCAGCUAUCGCAGGGGGAAGUUAACUGGGUUGCUACAGCGUCAGGAGAGGGGCUUAGAGAACUGCAGGAGCAGCGUGUCGCUGCUUUGCUACAGCAGCAGUUACAACAGCAACAGCAGCAUCCACAGCAGCAACGGCAGCAGCAACAGGGGGGACAAGGCACACGCAAUUGCAUGACGCAGCAACAGCAGCGAGGCAGUCCUAGCUGGGGCGAGGCAGCAGCAGCUAGGGUGAGACGAGCUGAAGAAAGUAGUCCCAGGAGGCCCCCCCAGCAGCAGCAGCAGCAGCAGCAGAAACCGCAGCAGCAGCAGCUGUUGCAGCAGCAGCUGUUAAAAAAAGACCGCGAGACGCCGCUGUUGCCUGCUAGCCACCGGCAGCUAACUCGUCCCUGCAGCGACACUGCGUUGCCCCCGCAGCGGCAGCAGCAGCAACAGCUGCUACAGCAGCACAGGCAUUCCUCAGCUGACUUCUCAGGCUUCCGUCCUGCUUCCGUUCGGAGGCAGAAGCCAAGCAGGAGCUCACUUCCUGCUCCUAGUGCUGCUGCUGCUGCUGCUGCUGCUGCCGGCGGCCGGCCCAUUUCAGCUGGCAGUCCUGUUCGUGCAGCAGGCGCUGUCGCUGAGCGUUCGCCAGCAGCAGCAGCAGCACACAGGAAUUCGCGGCUGUCGCUCCAGGGGAGCAGGCCUUCUGAACAGCAGCAGAAGGGGCGGGAGCAGCUGCAGCAGCAACCGCAGCAGCAGCUUUACGCGGAGCCACCGGGACAGCCUCUGAAGCACGUUAUAAAGCCAAGCAACAGCAAAGCGACUCAGGGAGGGCAGCAGACACUCCGCAGUGCAGCUUCCGCAGCAGCCGCGCCAACGGCAGCAGCAGCAGCAGCAGCUCUGCAGCAACGAGAGACGCCGCAGCAUAGCAGGAUAGCAAGACCCAGGCCCCUUCCUUCCCCGAGGUACGAACAGCAGCAGCAGCGGCAGCAGCAGCAGCAGCUGCAGCUGCAGCUGCAGCCUGCACAUAUAGUUGCGCAGCCGCAGCCCAAAGGCCUCCGCGGCGCCUCUGGCUCUUUUCAAAGUCUUCGCUCACCACCUGUGUGGAGAGGCGACAUUCAGGCGCAGCAGCCGCAGCAGCAGCAGCAGCAGCUGCUGCUGCAGUGGAAGCAGCAACCGCAGCAAUCAAUAGCCAAGCCAGAAACGUCACUGAUAGCUCCAGGGAGGGGCCAGAAAGUGCAGCAGCAGCAGCAGCUGCAGCAGCAGAUGCCGCUGCAGCAACAGCUGCUGCUGGAGCAACCGCAGCGAGGUCCAGGCACACCUCAUAAUCCAUAUUUGCAAACAUCAGGAACUUCUUCUGCUGUGCAGCAGCAGCAGCAACAACAACGCUUGCACGUCAUACCGCGAAGAACCCAUGCAGGGCCUGAGCUGCAACAAGCUCAGCAGCAGCAGCAGCAGCAGCAGCAGCGCAGCCUGAGAACCAGAGCAGCAGGAGCAGCAGCUGCUGCUUCUGCUGCAGCAAGACUCACGCGACGCUCCUCAGUGGAGGCUAGGCACCCCACAGAUGCAGGUGCAGAGCUGCAGCGUAACAGAGCGGAAGGAAGAGAAGCUGCUGCAGAUCCGGGAAGGGGGAGCACAGCGUUUCAAGCGGUGGCGGCAGCAGCAGCUGUAGCAGCAGCAGCAGCAGCUGCCGCUACUGCAGCCGCAGCAGCAACAGCAGCAGCAGCAGCUGGCACGACUGCAACCGCAGCAUCAGUCGCGGUAGCAGCAGCUGCUGCAACUGCAAGUGCUGCAGCUGCAGCAACAGCGACAGCAUCCCUACACGGCGAGGCCCAUGGGGGCAAACGUAUCGUCGGAGGAGAAACAACUGCAAGCGUCGCUGCUGCUGCUGUCAGCAGAUAUCCCGCAGCAGCAGCAGCAGCAGCAGUGGCGUUGCGUUGCCGUGUCUCUGCUGCAGCACUUUGCAAAGGAGACUCCCUGCAGCUGGUAUGUCUUGCUGCUGCGGCGCCUGCUGCCUUCAGUGCUGCUCGGGCUCCUGCAGCUGCUGCCACUGCUGCUGCUACUGCUGCUGCUCUUUCUGCUGCUGCUGCACCGGAGCUUCUGGCCGCCGCUUUUGUGGGGUGCUGCAGGGCGGACGUGAGGUGUACAGACAGCCUGUGGCAAAAGGGAUGGCAACUUGUGGAUGAGGCCUCUUUGCUGCUAGACGACUUUCUGGGGGCACUGCAGCAGCAGCAACAGGAACAGCAGCAGCAGCAGCAGCGGCACGGCGUCCCACCGACUCGCGCAGUCGGCGUUCUUCCAGAGCGGGCUCACCGCAGCUCUUCCUCAGAUGCUGCGGAUGCUUCAGAGCAAGCAGCAGCUGCAGCAGCUGCAGCAGCUGCAGCAGCGGAAGCCGCAGCAGCAGCAUUUGAGAACUGGCAGGUUGACACUUUGCUGCUGCUGCAGCAACUAGCGCUGCUGCCGGAUGGUUCUCCCCUUCGAGCUUUUCUGCAGCAGCUGCUGCAAGGCGCGCGUCGCAUGCGUUGCGCCAUGGGUACGGCACCUGCAGCAGCAGCAGCAGCACCUACUGCUGCUGCUGCUGCGGGACCAGCAACAGAUGCGUCCGACGCACCAGAGGAAGAAACCCGUGCAGAAGAGCCUCGGCAGCAGCAGCAGCAGCAGCAGCAGCCGCAGCAUGCGUUGCUACGGCUGUAUGUGCAACAGCUCGCACUCGUCAGAGCGCUGACUGCCUUGGCGCUGCAGCUUGGCUGGAGCGUGUUCAAGCACGAGGAGCAGCAGCAGCAGCAGCAGCUUACACGUAAGGAGAGGCGGCAGCAAGCGAAGAUGCAUGCGCUCUCAGUGGCCUGGAGAGAGAGAUGGAUCAGCCAAGAUUUGCUGUUAGAGUUGCUGCUCUUCUGCCGCCACCUGCAGCAGCACCAGUUGCGUUUGCUGCAGGAGGAGGAGGAGCAGCAGCAGGAGCAGCAGCAGCAGAGAAAGUGGCAAGAAGGGAAAUUCGCCAGCUGCACUGCUGCGCACUCGCGGUGCAGCGCUUCAGCGGCAGCAGAAGCAGCAGCAGCCACAGCAGCAACGGCAGCAGCAGCAACUGUUGAUGUCCCCCGAUCUUUGCUGUACAUUGGCGUUCCCCUCGCAGGUCUAUGCUCGUCUCCUCUGUGGGCAUCAACACGGGCGAGCAGCAGCAGCAGCAGCAGCAGCAACAGCAGCAGCAGCAGCGGUAGCAGCAGCACCAGCAGCGACCUUCCACGUCCUCUUUCUCACGGCUCCGCCACGGAAAAUAUGUGCGUAUCGGCAGCAGCAACGACAGCAGCAGCAGCACCCACAUCAACAGUAGCAGCAGCUCCCACAGCAGCAGCAGCAGCAGCGGCAGCAGAAGCGCCAAACAGCGAUGAGCGGUUUGGCCCGCAAAGCAGAGGAGGCCCCACGGCAGCAAGCCAGCAACCUCGUUCAGAAGCAGCAGCUGUUGCUGCUGCUACUGCUGUUGCUGCUGCUGCUGCUGGUCCUGCUUCUGCGGACACUGCUGCUGCCAACGGCCUCUUGACGCCUCCCCGUGAUCUGCUGGCUGCUGCUGAUGCUGAAGUUGUCUGUGCGCUGCUGCAGCUGUGCUGCUGCUGCCUGGGCGAGAAGCAGCACAGUCCCAUCUCUCUUCUGCUGCGGGCUGUCUCUGCAUGCAGCAGCAGCAGCAGUGUGGGUCUGCUGCUUGACUUAACGCAGCACCCUACAGCUAGCUGCAGACACAAGGCUCUGCUGCUGCUGCAGCUGCUGCUACUGCAUUCGUCUGCCCCCCUCAGACGCCAAAUUGCUGCUGUUGCUAUUCGCGUGGGUAUGGUGUUGCCACUGCUGCUGCGGCUGUUGCUGCUACUGCAACCGCCUGCGGAGCAGCAGCAGACUGUGAGCCGCCCCAAAGUCGAGCGCAGCUCAGCACUGCAGCAGCAGCAGCAGCAGCGACUACAGCACCAGCUUCGGCAGGAGCAGCAGCAAGCGCCGCGGAAGGGAAGCGAGGCAUCAGGAGAGCCCAGCAACUUCGUUGCUGCUUGUGACUGCUUUGCUGCUGUUUACGCUGUUGCUGGCGACAGUAGCUUGCUGCCAGUGAGCACGGAACAGCAUCAGCAGCAGCAGCAGCAGCAGCAGCAAGCAGAAGGGGCGCUGCUGUUGAGUGUUCUGGCGCUGCUUUGUGGGGGAGUAGAACCUGCAAGCAACAGCAGCGAGGGAAGCACCUACAAUAGUUACAGCAGCAGCAGCAGCAGCAGCAGCAACGGCAGUGAUGCCCGAGACUUGCUAGUGCUGCUUCAAGUGCUCCCUCCUCCUGCCCUGCUGCAGCUGCAGCACUCCUCUACUGCAGCGUCGUGGCGCUUCCGCAGCAGCAGCAGCAACAGCAGCAGCAGCGACGGCGCUGUCUGCCCGAUUGUUAGGAUGCAGCUGUCUACGUCCUCAGCAGCAAAAGGAGAUACAACGCUGGGAUGGGAAUGCAACAGCAGCAGCAAAGGCGAGAAGCUGCUGUCUCCCUGCAGCAGCUGGGAGCCUCCCCUGAAGUGGCGACUCUUUGCCUCUGCGCUGCAGCAAGCCCUUUGGCAGCCGCAGCAGCAGGACUGCAGCGACAGCAGCAAAUACACCGCGGCUUUGUUACUGCUGCUGCAGCAGCAGUGGGAGGAUCUGCUGCUCUUUCGAGGCCUUUGCGGUGGGCUAUACGCGGAGCUGCAGCAGGAGGACUGGGGUUCUUUGCUGCUGCUGCACGUGCAGCAGCAGCAGAAGCCAGAACGACAGCAACAGCAACAACAGAUUCCACAGUACCAGAUAUUUCUGAGGGUGCCUCGAGGACUCGGUGACGAGCAGCAGCAGCAACAGCAGCAGCAGCAGGGGUGGGGUGGCUGCAGAGCGCUCUUGCGACCUGCUGAGCUGUUGCAGCUUGUGCGUCGCCUGUCGCUGCUGCAGCGCAUGCAAAGAAGACGCCGCGCAGCUUCUGCUGCUGCCUUAACUGGCAGCAGGAGCAGCAGCAGCAGCGCCGCCGAUGCCUGGGAGUGGGAGCUGCUAGACCUGCAUCCUGUGCGCAAGCAUGGAGGCGGCAACACUGGCUGCAGCCAUGGCAGCAGCAGCAGCAGGAACAAGGGGAGCAGCAGCUUGGCCAGCUUCGAACUAGUGAGCGAAGAGCCAGCCACAGCAGCAAAGCCGGCUGAUCGGGCUGCUGCAGCUGCUGCGGCAGCUGCAGCCGCUGCAGCUGCUCGCCUUGCGGAAGGAGCAGCGUGCUCUGUUUUGCAGCGCGGUGGGGAGGAACUGCUGCUUCUGCAGCACGCUGCAGCAGCAACAAUUGUUACGGACCCUCCGGCGAUGUGCAGAGCUGUCAUGCAGCAGGUGCUGCUGCACUCUGCAGCGCCGGCUGCUGCUCCCUUGCCGCUGCUGCUGCUGCUGUGGCAGCGGCUGCUGCAGUGCUACCCACAGGCGCUGCAGCUGGCCAGCAACAUGAGCAGCCAAGACGCACAUUUGCUGAGCGACUGGUUUUCUGUGUUACCCCCAGCGGCGCCAGCAGCAGCAGCGGCAGGAGCAGCAGCAGCAGGAGCAGCAGCACCACAAGGGGUCUACUUAGAAGGAAUUGAGAUCGCAGUGGCUCUGCUGCACCAGGGCGGCGGGCUGCUACCAGCGGCUCGCUGCCUUGCCCUGAACGUGUUGCUGCUGCUGCUUGCUGCAGGCAGGCAGCAGCAGCAGCUGCAACGGCAACGCCUUGUGCAGCUGCUGCUACAGUGCGGCGGACAUUCUGUGCUGCUGCUGCUGCUGCACGCGUUCGUGUCACAGGAGCUGCUGCAGCUCCACUCCAAGGUCUGCGAGCAACAGCAGCAACGAGGCGCGGCCCUUAGCAGCGACAGCAGCAGCAGUCGGCGCGCCAGUGCCUUGUUGGCGACGGAGGCUCUGCUACUGCCGCCUGUUUCUAAGGCAGCAGCAGAGCCAGCAGCCGCAAGGGCAACCGCAGCAGCAGAAGCAGCUGCUGCUGCUACUGCUGCAGCAAAAGCUGACGUGAGCGCGGAUAUUGGCAGCACUGACUGCGACAAUCUGGCGGCUCCCAGUCAAGCAGCAUCACGGAGGGACUGCGGCGCCAGUCACUGCAGCAGCAGAGGCAGCAGCAGACGCAGCAGCCGAGCGAGCAGCAGCAAAAAGAGGACCAGCAAGGGCAGCAGCAACAACGGAAGCAUGCGGGACAGCAGCAGCCGCAGCAGAGCGAAGAGGAAAACUCUUCGACGCUCAGCUGUGCAAAGAACGAGCCUCUCGCCCUUGAGAGCACAGCCGCAGCAGCAGCAGCAGCAGCUAGAGCAGCAGCAAGAGCAGCAAGAAACCCUAUUGCUGCCAUCUCUUCUCAGCACUAAGAUUUCUGCAAACUACUCAGACUGUUUGACUAGCAGCCGAGGCAGUAGACGCAGCCACAGCGUGUGCAGCAGCAGCAGCAGCAGUGGCACGGGAAAGCGCAGCAAGCGCAGCAACGGCAGAAGAGAUCCGCACGUCCCUCACGACGUUAAGAGCGUUGAAGCAACGGCGGCAGCAGCCGCAGCAACAGCAACAGCAGCAGCAUCUCGGUGCGGCCGGCCAAUCGCGAAAAAGCAACACUUAGAGCAACAGCUGCAGCAGCAGCAAACAGGCUGCACCUUGCUACAGCGGCAAUGGCUGCAGCGCGGAGCGGGUGCUGGGUCCCUGGAUGGUGGAGAGCCGCUUCAGCAGCAUCAUCAUGAGGAGCAGCAGCAGCAACAGCAGGAGCAGCAGGAGCAGCAGCAGCAGCAGCAGCCGCAGCAGCAGCCUUUGCUCCUGGUACCUCCUGAAGCAAAAUUUGCCGUUGCAAGGAUCUCGCCAGCAGAAGCAGCUGUCACAUUGCGGGUGCUAUUUCUGGGGUGUACGUACAGCUCAGCGCUUGCUCGCCAGCUGUGCUGCAGCCGCGGCACACUGCAGCAGCUGCUGCUGCUGUUGCUAUUGUCGCAGCAGCAUGAGCGGCUGACAGUCGGAGCAUCGAAGCUACUGCUGCUGCUGCUGCGCCAAUACCCAGCUGUCUCCCUUUUGCUUCUACAAGAGGCAGCCCUGCCAAUCUGCUGCGCUGCUGCUUCCAGACUAGAUUUGGGUGCUGCUAGCAGCAGCGGCAGGAAAAAAUGCAGCCUCAAGGAGAGCAGCAGCAAGCAGGCGUCGAGGCCAACGUGCUGCAGCGCAUCUUCGGGGCUUGCUGCUCGGGUGGCUGCAUGCAGAGUGCUGCGAGGCGUUGCUGCUGCCCUCAACGCUAUUAAGGUGAGACCGAGCAGCAGCUGCUGCUGCUGCAAUGGCAGCUGCAGCGAAGAGAAAGAGAGCGACGCCUGCUGCUGCUGCUGCUGCUGCUGUGGCGGAUCAGCCUUAGGCACACAUUUCCUAUGCCGGCUUCUGCCGAGUCCCCUUGUCCGUUUGCUGCACUGCGAGGCUUCUCCGGCGCUGUCUGCUGCAGCAGCACCAGACGCAGCAACGGCAGCAGGGACACCUGUAAAACUAGAACCAGCCGCAGCAGCAGCAGCAACUCCGCGUGCGCAGCGCGGGCCUGUAGCGCUGGCGAAUCUGUUCGCCUUCUGUGCUGCGGGAGGCAGUGUUGAGACGCCCCAGCUCAUUUGGAACAGCACCCUUCAGCAGCAGAUGCUGCAGCAGCUCUGCGAGCCCAUCAGCAACUUGCUGCAGCGGGAAAGCAGCAGCAGCAGCAGCGAGGGGGCGCACGGAGAGCUCAGCUUUGCAGCAGCGCUGGGGAUGUCUGGACAGCAGACGCACGGCGUUGCAGUAGCGGCUUCCACGGCCAGCGCUGCUGCAAUGCCUGCAGCGGCAGCAGCAGCAGCUGCUGCUGCUGCUACGAAAGUGGCUGGCAUGCAAUGCUGUGCUCUAGUGCAUGUGCAGCAGCCACAGUUGUCGCUGAUGCUGGUGGCUGAGACACUCUUUGUGGCUGUCACGCUGCGCAAGGCUGAGGACCUGUGGGACCGUCUGCUGCAGCAACUGAAGCAGCACCAGCAGCAGCAGCAGCAGAAACAGCACGAGUGUGAGAAAUCUCGCCGGACCUGGGGCUCUCUCUGCCCCUACCACAACAUAGAAAAGCAGCAGAUGCAGCAACUGCAGCAGCAGCACAUACAGCAGCAGCAGCUCUUGAGUGAGGCCCAGCAGCAAGUGCUCCAGCAAGCCAGCGACGGCGUCGCAGAUGACUUUCAAGAGGCAGCAGCAGAGUCAGAGACAGCAGCGGUUGCGCAAGCAGACACAGCAGCAGCAGCACAAACAGACACGGCAGCAGCAGCGGCAGCAACAGCAGCAGCAACAGCUUCAACUUAUGAAGCUUCGCUGCACUUGUGGUGUCACUCGGCCCUGCAGCAGCAAGAGGAAGUGCUCCUUGAGCUGGCGCUGCUCCCGCUGCGACGUCAGCGGCCGCCCCAGUUGCCGCACAAAUGUUGGCGCGUACCGCUGCAGCAGCAGCAGCAGAAGCAGGAGCAGGAGCAGCAGCAGGAGCAGCAGCAGCGCCCCGUGGUGCUGCUGCUGCAGCUGCUGCGUUGCUUCCGUGUGCAAUUUGAGAAAAUGACGCAGCAGCCAGGAGCAAACAGCAGCAGCAACAGCAGCAGCAGCAGCGGACACAGUAAAGCCAUUUGCUGCUCAAGGCGGCUAUGCAGCGAUCUGGAUUUGUUGCAUGUGCUGCGCCUUCAGCAGCUGCUUUUGCUGCUGCUUCCGAACAUCUUCGCGCGCUGCAGCUACAGCGGCAGCCCCUUACGGGAAGCAGCGGGAACGGCAGCAGCGCCAGAAGCAGGAGAGGGGGAUUGCUGCUGCGGCGUCUGCUGCUUGCAGCAGCAACUGCUGCAGCAAAUCAAGUCCGUCCUUCGUAGCCGUUGGCUGCUGCCGGCUGAGCUGCUGCUGCAAUCAGUGCAGCUGCUGCAAGUGCUGCUGCUGCUAGGUCUAGCACAGGCAGCAGCAGCAGCCUCACGCCCACUACUGCUGCAGCGGAUUCUCUGGUCAGGCGCCAUAGAGCUGCUGCUGCUGCUGCUGCAGGAGCUUCAGUGCAGCAGUCAACAACAGCAGCAGUCCGCGCAGCAGCAGACGCAGCAGCAGCAGAGCGAUAAGUAUUGGCUGCUGGAGCAGCUGCGGCAGCACCUGCAGCGAGCAGCCGCUGCGAGCACUCCUAGGAGCAGCAAAAGGAGCACGAGCAGCAUAGCUAGCUCGGGAACCAGCAGGCCCAGCAGCAGAAGCAGCAACUGCAGCAGAAGCAGCAACUGCAGCAAGAGCUGCAGCAGGAGGAGCGGCCUAGCGACAAAAAGCAGUGCAGCAACUGCCGACAGCAGCAGCUCCCCCGCAAAUGUCUCUGCUGCAGACGAGGCCCACGGCCAGCAGCCGCAGGGACAAAAGCAGCAGCAGCAGGAGGAGCAGCGAGCCAGCUGCAGCAGCAAGCAGUUAAGCAAUUUGCUGCAUGAUGAUUCCUCCGAGCAGCUCACGGUGCUGUCGUUGUCGGCAUUUGCUGCCUCAUUUCCACGCAGCGCAGCAAUGCAUGGUCUACAGCAGCAGCAGCAGCAGCAGGAGACACAUUUGCGUCGGGCAGCAUUGGAAAUAGGCAGCAGCAACUGGAGGCCAGCGGAGGCGCCUGCGGGCUUCAGCGACGCUGCGACGUCGCCCAGCAAAGGCAGCAGCAGCAGCAGCAGCAGCGGCAACAGGAGCAGUAACGGCCUCGCCAGCUAUGGGAAAACCUGCACUACUGAACUGCAGCAACGGCGCCAGCUGCAGCAAAGGUGGCGGUGUUUGCGUCUUUUGUGCUGCUACACGUUGACUGAGGGCCUGCUGCUCCUGCUGGCAGAGGUGCACAGCAGCAGCAGCAGCAGCAGCAGCAGCAGCAGCAACGGCACUGUGUAUUGCUGCGGCAGCUGCAUCGAGCUGCUGCUGCGCUGCUUGCUGCUGCUCUGCUCUGAGAAGUCUUCGCAGCUGCGACUGCUGCGCCAUGGGGUGCCUCUUCUGGUGCUGCAGUUGCUGCUGCUGCGCGGAGAGACAACUCCGCAAAAGCAGCAGCAGCAACUGCACCAGAAAGACGAGCAACAGCAAGGGUCGCGUCCCGCCAAUGGGCCUCGCCUGGCAGCAACGGCAGCAGCAGCAGCAGAAACAGCAGAAGCAGCAAAAUCAGCAGCAGCAGCAGCAGCGGUGGAGCCCCUAGAGGUUCGCUUGCUGCUGGCGGAGAUCCUUGCUGCUUUUGUUGGCGUGGCACCCCGGUGCAGCAAGUUUGCUGCAGUGACCCUUGACUGUUGCUUCUCUGCUGCUUUGCCUGCUGCUACUACAGCAGCGGAGGGAGCAGCAGCAGGAACAGCAGCAGUUGUUGCUGCUGCUGCCGCUCCUGCUGCUCCUGCUACUGACGCUGAGGUAUAUGUUGAGAAGGCAGACAAUAGCCGCCACUGGAUUUGGCUGAGAGGAACCUCGCUUGAGUGGAAUCGCCCAAACAAGCAGGCAGUGAAGGCCCUUGCGCAGCUGCUGACGCCCGCGUUGCUGCUACAGCUGCUGCCGCAGCAAAGACACUGCUGCGCCUGCGGCCGCCUUCGGCUGCUGCAGUUGUCUCUUCUGGAUGGCAGCAGCAGCAAGGACGCUGCGGCCGCUGGACCCGCAACAGCAGCAGCAGCAGCAGGCUGGACUCCUUCUGCUGCCUGCACAACUCAGCAGCUCUGCCGCUUUGUGCAUUUGCUGCUGGGGUGUUCUGACACCGCAGAAUGCGUCUGGGGUCCAUCGGCUCGCGAAGCAGUGCAUGCGGAGACAGCGCGCCAGCUGCUUCUCAGCCUGGCUGCCAUCGACAUGAGCCGCCCUGCAGCAGCGCAGAUACCCAGUAGCAGCAGCAGCAGCAGCAGCAGCAUCGACUGCAGCAGGAUUUUGCUGCCUGUGUGGCGCCUGGAGAGUUUUCUAGCUGCCGACGGUUUUCACUAUCAGCACCCUUCUUUGCGCACCAAUGAGUUCGUUGGCGGCCUGUACCUGAGGCCUUUGAGCGUGCAAAUGUGCAGACAGCAGCAGUCGCCUGCUGCCUCGCUGCUUGCACGUCUCAAAGACGGAUGCAGCAGCAGCAGCAGCAGCAGAGGCAGCAAAGCAGGGUUCUGGGGCAGCAGCAGCUUCGCGCUGCGGCAGGUUGCUGCUACGCCUGCUGUCUUCGCAACAACGCUGCAGGCUUUGGUUGACUCGGUGGCCGCAGCUGCUGCUGUGCCUUCUGCUUCUGCUGCGCCUUCUGCUGCUGCUACGCCUUCUGCUGCUGCUAACCAGCAGCAGCACGGAGAAGAGAGCUCAGCAGCAGCGUCAGUUGCAGCCACAAAUGCAGCAGCAGCAACAGCAGCUGUUGCAGACAAUCCCUUGUACCAGCGCAGCAGCGUCAGUUGCAGCCACAAAUGCAGCAGCAGCAACAGCAGCUGUUGCAGACAAUCCCUUGUACCAGCGCGUCGUUGGAGUUGUUGCCGUGCUGCAGCAGCGCCUCGCGCUGCUGGGAUCCCACUGCAACAGAUGGCAGCAGCAGCAGCAGCAGCAGAGGCAGCACGAGGCGGCGCAGCUGCAGAUUUGGGGCGGCGGCAAACAACAGCAUACGGUUUUGUUGAUGCCACUGCUUCAGCUGCUGCUGCAGCAACUGCAGCAGCAACCGUCGCCUCUUUUGUGCGAGGCUGUUGUUGCUGCACUGCGGGCUGGCGUGGAGCUGUGCAAGACGAGCCCACUCGAGGGCCGGGCGCUGGGCGCCGCGGCGUUUCUGAAGGCGUUGGCCUUCGCUGCCAGCAUCGCCGUGCGCAGACUGGCAGAGGGAAUGCAUGGCAGCAGCAGAAACAGGAAAGGUGUCCAGCAGAAGCAGCACGUGGCUGCAGCUGCGAGAUGUUUUCGGCUUCCUCGCGCUGCUGCUUGCUGCUUCUGCUGCCACUGCUGUGGGACUUGCUGCAGCCUGAAGCAGCAGCCGCGGCAGCAGCAGCAGAGGGCGGCGCAACAGAAGCAACAACAGUUGCUUCCAUGCUGGAGUACACGGUCAGCAGCACGGGCAUUGGUAUGGUGCUGCUGCUGCACCUCAUCAGGCACGCAGGCCAGCAGCAGCAGCAAUGGCAACAGCGCUGCCCUGCUGCUGCUGAAGCAUAUGCCAUAAGCUUUUACUCGACGCAGCUCCUCGCAACAUUGCUGCGAAGCACACAGCAGCAGCAGGAGCCGCAGAAGCAGAUUGUGGCAGCGCAGCAGAGCCCGCUCCCUACAGAGGAAGCAUCCACUUUGCUGCUACUCUUGUGGGUCGGCGGUGGCUUGUUCGCCGCAGCGUCAAUUGCAGCAGCUGCAGCAGCAGGAACAGCAGCAGCAGCAAUAGCAGGCUCUAAGCUGCAGGCAGCUCCUUCUGGGGGACGUGCAUGCCUGCGACUGCUGCAGCAACUGUGGCUUCAGCAGCAGACACAAAACAGCUGCCCCAGCGCCUUCAACAGUGCGCAGCAACAGCAGCUGCAGCAGCUGCAGCGAGUGCUGCUGCUGCAGCUCCAGCUGCUGCAGGCCGCAGGCGCAGCAGCAGCUGCUGCUGCAGGACCUGCUGCUGAACUCUCGGCUGCCCGCGAGGCGUUGCAGCUCAUGUGCGCAGAAGGAAAACAGCAGCAACUGGAGGGUCUCACAGCAGCGCUGCAGUGGCAGCAGCAGGUGCUGCUGCAGGAUCUGCAGCAGUGGCGUCGUGCUACAAGGCAAUCAGCGGCGCAGCAGCAGUUGCUGCACCACUGCCGCACAAGCUUGACGAGCCUAACGCGUUGCUGCAGCAGCGGCAGCAGCAGCAGUGGCAACUGGAGCUGCAGCAGCAUGUAUGCACCUGCUGAAGGACCGGAAGAGGCCUGCGGAGAGCAGCGGCAGCAGCGGUUUCUGCUGCGGCAGCAGACCCCCGCAGCAGGGACAGCAGCAGCGUGGCUGCUACUGCGAACGCGUGAAGUGCUGCUGGCAGACCAGCAGCUUCCUCUCCUGCUGCCAGCAAAGCCGCAUCUGUUGCUGCUGCGUCUUUAUAUGCAGAAAUCAGGCCGGAGCGUGGAAAGAGACAUAGAGGUGCUCUUGCAACUGCUGCACACCAUACGCCAGCAAAUGCAGCUGCAGCUGCAGCGACUGCAGCAGCAACAGCAGCAACAUAGCGAAGAAUCCCCAACCGUAGCCGAUGCGGCUGCAAUUUACUGCAGCGGCGCAGCUGCUGCAGCAGAAGCACUUGACCAUCUGCGCUGUGGUGGCUUCCCUGUGAGCCCUCUGGCUGCUGCUGGAGCAGCUGCUGCAGAAGCAGCCGCAGAGGUGGGAAGGCUUCUCCCGGGCGCUUCCUCUUCCUCUGGAGCAAUCAGCGCACCUGGCUUGAUCAGCCCGCAGCAGCAGCAGCAGCUGCUGCAGCAGCAACUGCAGCAACAGGAUGAAGUGCAGCUAGACUUAACGCGCUCGGCGUGGCGCCGCAGGAAACUUUCCGAUUCGCUGGCUCUGAGCAGCAGCUGCAGCAAGAACAUGAAGCGCACUGCAAGCAAAAGCAGCAACAGCGGCAGCAGCAGCAGCAGCAAGCGUCGGCUCAGCAGCAGGAGAGGCUCCGCCCACCUUAAAUGUAGUGAUGGCGAAGCAGAAGCAGAGGCUGCUGCUGCUGCUGCUGCUGCUGCACAGCACUGGAACGUACCUGGCACUGUUCAAGCUUUGCUGUACGCUUUCGCCCCACGCAGCAGCAGAAACUCUCCGGAUUGCCAGAAGCAGCAGCAGCAUCAGCUGCUGCUGCAUCAGCAAAACAAGCAGUGGCGGCCUGUUGCUGUUUACAAGGAGGUGCUGCACUGCAUGUGGCAGGGAAUUGCGCUGCUGCUGCUGCAGCAAGAUAGCCCGUGGGGCCUGCUGAAGUCGCGCAGCAGCAACAGCAGCAGCAGCAGCAGCAGCGGAAUUUGCUGGUGCUGCGGAGAAACGCAGGAGCGCUGCUGCUGCCAAGACACUGGAGCAGCACAUAACGUCCCUCCUUGUCUUCCUCUCUCCCCUGUUGGUGCUGCUGCUGCUGCUACUGCUGCUGCUGCUUCAGCGCCUGCUGCUGCUGCCUCUUGUGUUUCCGACGGAGCAGCAGAAAUAACUGAAAGAGCAGCAGCAAGCGUAUCAGGAAGGGGCAGUAUAGAGACACUGCAAAGGGCCACUGCAGAAGCAGCCGAAGCAGCAGCAGCAGCAGCAGGAAUGCUGUGGCAGCAGCUGCUUCUGCAGCUGCACUUCGCUUCGCUACUGAGAGAAGAGACUUUGAAGUUGCUGCUGCUGCUGCUAGACACAGCAGCGGCAGCAAGCAUUCUCACGCUGUUGCAGCAGCCUCCAAAAGCUGCUAUGACUCCGCGGCAGCACCAGCAGCAACAAGUCUUGCUGGUUGCCCCGCUGCUGCAGUUGCUGCAGGAAGAAUCCACAAGGGUUUUAAGGCCACUUUGCCGAGCUGGAGCCUGCUGCAGCAGCAGCAGCAGCAGCACGAAGCUUCCAACUCUCUGGCUAUCAGCUCUGCGCUCUGUGUUUGUGCUACUGUGUCUGCUGCACAGCAGCGGCACCUGCGGCCGCAGCAGCAGCAGCAAAUACCUGUAUGGGAGGAUCGCUGCAGCAGCACUUGACUUGUGUCGGCUUGAAGGCGACGCUGCAGCGACAGAAGAGCGGCCGCAGAGCGCAGCAGCAGCAGCAGCUGCUGCUGCAGCAGUUGCUGCUGUUGCUGCUGCUGAAGCGGCUGAAGAAACGGAGGAGGAGACGCCUCAGGAAGGCAGUGCUGCUGCAACUGCUGCUGCUGUUGGUGCUGCUGCAAGAGGCGCUGGGGAGAAGCUGCAGCAGGCGGGGGUGCUGCUGCCUUUGGUGCUUCUGGCUGCUGGCGCAAGCAGCAGCAGCAGCAGCACAGACAGAAACAGCAGAUGCAGCAGCAGCCUAUGCAGCAGAGGCACAGCAGAGGUUUCAACGAGGAGCAGCAGCAGCAGCAAGGAACCAUACUGCUCGCCGUGCUCGAUGUCGGCCAUUGCUGCAGCAGCAGCAAGGGCAGCAGAUACAGGAGCAGCAGACGCUGCAGCAGCUGCAGCAGCAGUAGCAGAGGCAGCAGCCGAGGGGCAUCUGUCAAGACUGCGGAUGUGGGGUGUGCAGCUAAAGGCAGCAGCAGCAGCUCUGCGCCUUUGCAAACUUUUGCCAUCAGCAAAAGAGGAGUUGCUGGAGCUGUUGCGCAGUGGAUGCCUUCUGCAGCAGCAGCAGCAGCAAAGAGGCUCCGAGGCUAGUGCUGCAGUUGUCUCGGCAGCAGCACUGCUUCUUCGAAGCAGCAGCAGCAGCAGCAGCAGCGGGGAGUCCCUGCUGCAGCCGGCGUCACUUUCUGAGGCGUCGCUGCUGGUUUGUCUUCUUUCACGUGCAGCCGCUGCUGCUGCUGCAGCUCCGGACGGAAGCAGCAGCAGCAGCAGCAGGGAGCAACAGUCCUCGGCUGCUGCAGUGCGGCAGCAGCUGGCUGCCGUUUCAGCUGUAUUCAUAUCUCUCUUUAGUUAG